AUGCGAAUCGUCGUCGACCUCGCUUCCCCCGUCCGUCGAUCUCUUGCAUCCACCGUCCGUCGCCACAGUCCCUCGCCCAUCGCCCUUGCUUCCACCGCCCAUCGCUCUCGCUUCACCCGCCCAUCGCGCUCGCUUCACCCGCCCAUCGCGCUCGCUUCCCCCGCCCAUCGCGCUCGCUUCCCCCGCCCAUCGCGCUCGCUUUCCCCUCCCGUCGCCCUCGCUUCCCCCUCCCGUCGCCCUCGCUUUCCCCUCCCGUCGACCUACCACCCCCCUCCCGUCCCCCUCCCAUCACCCUCCCAUCCCCCUCCCAUCGCCCUCCCAUCCCCCUCCCGUCCCCAUCCCAUCCCCCUCCCGUCCCCACUUCAUCCCCCUCCCAUCCCCCUCCCGUCCCCACUUCAUCCCCCUCCCAUCCCCCUCCCAUCCCCCUCACAUCCCCCUCCCAUCCCCCUCCCAUCCCCCUCUCAUCCCCCUCCCAUCCCCCUCCCAUCCCCCUCCCGUCCCCAUCUCAUCCCCAUCCCAUCCCCCUCUGAUCCCCCUCCCGUCCCCCUGAUCCCCCUCCCAUCCCCCUCCCAUCCCCCUCCCAUCCCCCUCCCAUACCCCUCCCAACCCCCUCCCAACACCCUCCCAUCCGCCUUCCAUCCCCCUCCCAUCCCCAUCCCAUCCCCCUCCCGUCCCCAUCCCAUCACCCUCCCAUCCCCCUCCCGUCCCCAUCCCAUCCCCCUCCCGUCCCCACUUCAUCCCCCUCCCAUCCCCAUCCCAUCCCCCUCCCAUCCCCCUCCCAUCCCCCUCCCAUCCCCCUCCCAUCCCCCUCCCAUCCCCCUCCCAUCCCCCUCCCGUCCCCAUCUCAUCCCCAUCCCAUCCCCCUCUGAUCCCCCUCCCAUCCCCCUCCCAUCCCCCUCCCGCCGCCCUCCCAUACCCCUCCCAACCCCCUCCAAACACCCUCCCAUCCGCCUCCCAUCCGAGCGACGUGCGUGGGUGAUGGGAGUGAGAGAGCGACAGUCACUGAGAGAGCGAGGGAAGUGA